CUGAUCCUUUAAGGGUAGUUAUAUUUUGAUGUCUUACUGCUCAUGAAUCUAAUGGAUAAUGUGUGGAGAAAAAAGGUCAACAGAGGUCCAUAUAUGACCAUGAGACCGAACUAAAAUAGUGCAUAUCGUUUAAUUAGCUAUCAUUUAAUUAACUGUUGACCCCCUGGUUGGCCCUUGCCUGAAUGUUUUACCAGUGUGAUUAUAUUGUGUUUUUACUUAACCACUUUUACAAAAUAUGGUAAAAGAACUUAAAUGUUCUAAAAACAUUCUAAUUUCUGCCAUUUUAAACUGUGCAUUUAGGACCAACAUUAAAAACCUUGCAAAAGAAAAAAAAAAUUGUGAAUUUAAAUGUACGUAAUCAUGGUUGCUAGGAAACUGUAUCUGUCAUAAAUUUAAAAGACAUAAAAGGCAUGGUCAUCACACAUCUGUUGAAAUGGAUGAGAGCAACAUCUCAGAAGCUUUUACAUAAGAAAUUCUUUUAAUAUUUUAAAGAUUUAAAAAGGAAUUCCUAAAGAAGAAUAAGACUACAAAAGGUUUUACAUAUUAUUCCUUUUUAGGAUUUAAAAUCAUCAAAACUCUUUUUGUAUUUCUUUUGAAACUAUACUUCAACUUUCACAGUUAUCACUUUGCCUUUACAGUCUGCAUCUUUCUGCCAUUUUCCUUCACAGAAGCUUUUUUUCUGUACAUAUAUGAGUACAUCAAGGAUUUAAUUGUUGUUCAUUGGAUUUUAGAGUUGUUGUUUUUUUAUAUUUGUGUCUAUAUGUUAUGAGUUCGAUGAAUGAAAAUGGUGAAUGAAAAUUUCACUGUGAACAAGAUAGACAGUUUUAUAAUCACUGGAUUUGAUCACCUGCAGAACCAAAAGCUCCUCGGAUUCCUCAUCUUAAUAACCUACAUGCUCAUAUUGCUUGGGAAUGGCAUCAAUCUGUGUAUCAUCAUGACUGACAGACAUUUACACAAACCAAUGUACAUAUUAAUCUGUAAUCUAGCUGUUGUUGACAUAAUGUUCUCCUCUACCUGCAGCACAACUAUGAUCUCAGUGCUGCUGGCUGAGAUUAAAACUGUCUCAUACUACUCUUGUAUCUCAAGGAUGUACUUCUAUAAUCUUGGUGAUUUCACAGAGUGUAUGGCUCUGACAUUAAUGGCAAUUGACCGACUUAUUGCAAUUAGGCUUCCUUUAAGGUAUCACAGCAUUGUAACAAAUUCACGAACAUUUCUGUUUAUUUUUCUAACCUGGGUCAGUGGUUUCGCUAUAUUAGGUUUUUUGACAUCUGUGGUAGACAAUCUCCCAUACUGUCAACCUGUUAUCAGAUAUGUGUUCUGUGGGUAUCCUUCAAUGGUCAGAGCUGCUUGUGUUGAUGCUGAACCAUAUUUUACCCCGACUACAAUAUUAAGUGUGUGGAUGUUGUGUGGACAGUUUCCUUUUAUUAUGUGCACCUAUGGUGUUCUGGCAUAUAGUGUGACUAAACUCUCUAAUGAUGCAAGCAGAAAGCAAAUGAUCAACACUUGUUUGAGUCACCUCAUUGUCUUGUUUAGCUAUUUUGCACCAAGGCUGGUCACUACAUUAUUUACUCGAAUAGGAGUUGUGCUUACUUUAACAGAGAGAAAUGCAUUAUCGAUAAUAGCCUCUGUAGUUCCUCCCUUAAUAAACCCCACUGUUUAUUGUACCAGGACUAAAGAGAUCAGAAAACGAAUAGUAGGUGUAUUUUUUCAUAAUUGUUUAUUUUACUUAAUCAUUAAAAGGCAGGUUGGGUAGAUUAAUCAUGGUGGAUUUAAAAUAUUCAUUCUUAAAUUGAGGUGAUGUUUCUGUUGCAUGUGUUUUGUGAUGCUCUUGCUGUAGGCCAAAUCAUAGACAUUUGUUUGUUAGAAGAAAAAUAUAUGUGAAGCUCUGAUUAUUUUUUAUAUGACAGAAUUAGAAGACAUUAAUAAUGUAAUGUUAAACAGAAAACAAAAAUAUUUGUUGAUGCAUUGUGUAUUUCUGCCAUGUAUAUGAAGCAUGAAUCACAUUAAUAAAUUUAAUC